GUCAUUUGGUUAUUAGACCUUACCCCCUCCCGGAAAUACAGUCAAUUGUUUUGCUCAUUUGUGUUUAUAAUGAGGAAGAUAGAUUGUUGAUGAGCAUUCUCAUUUCGUGAAAUAAUUUUUAAGACUCGCGAUCAACAUUCGAUGCACAAACAUUGUGAAAAUGCUACCAUUUUGUUAUUCUUACAUGUUAGUAAUAUUUUCAUUGAUAUUCUUCAAAUCGGGUAUCUGCGAAGAGCCCCAAUGCCAGCGAUACUAUAUGGAGGAAAGGAUUCUCGAGAAAAUGGUGUCGAUAGAUUUAAAGCUGGAACACACGGUAGAGAAAAUAAGGGAUCUAGAAGAUAAUCAACAAUGCAAGAAGACGAAUUUAGUCAGGUUAGAUACACCUUUAACAAGCGCACUGAAGAUAACGGAUCUGGAAAGAGACGGCUGGCAAAUGGUUUUUCGUGCGACAUCUAGCAUCGGUCACAACGUGUUCAAUGCUUGGACAACAGGCAAAGGUUCUUGUGAUGUCAAACCUGUUACGAUGGAAAGAUCCUACGCAUGUCACUACCGUAACAGUGUCAUUACGGACUGGUCCAACCUUGGUGUCAAGUACGUCAAAUACGCCUUCUUUGAUACAGACAGGGAGGUGGCUCAUGUGAUCUUCAAUGGUGUUGGCAGUAACAUCAUUUCCUGGUUUGACAAGAGUAAAGUAAUUUCUGCAAGCUGGUCCGAUCUAACAUCUAUGCAUGAAUACAAUUACUUCUCAAUAGAAGGGAAUUUGAAACGAAGAUUUUUCAUAAAUCGAGCUUACAAUACUUGCGAUGGAGACACUGGACACAUGUCUGUAAUUGACACUGACAAGGCUGGUCCAUGUGACUGGGAUCGACACCCCGUGUAUCCUCAAUUUCUUUAUUCACAGAUAAAUUCAGUAGACUAUUGGAAUAGACGGUUUGGAAGAGCAGACUAUAUGGCGAUUUUUUUGAAAACUGAUUGACGUUUUCGGCAAGUCAUGAAAAUACAGAGUGCACUUACACUUGUUAGAGGGUAGUAUGUUUCCACAUAAUUUCAGCAAUCAGUUUACUGACAGAAAUAUUUAUUAAAAGUAAGCAUUUACUUGUCAUCUGGCGUUUAAUUUUUCAUGCAAAUAAAGCAUUAGAAUAAGGAAGAUAGAUAUUAUACAAGUAAUGCGUAUUUCGAAUAAUAAUGGUGUACUUUGUUAUUGCCAGGUUUACACUAAACCGGUGCGUUGUUGUUGCGCAUCUUUGAAACAUAAUGACGGUCUUUCAAGUAUAUUUUGAAUGGUCAAAAUAGUUGAUUGGUUUAAAUUGUUGCUGUACUCUUCAAAUUUUGUCCUAUUUUCUUUGUCAGACUUUCUGGUUUAUAAAAGGUAUUGAUAGUACUAUUACUAACUUCAAGGACUACUGAGUAGAAAUGGGCCUGGAACAACAUGUUGAUUUCAGAACUCGUACUGGAGGACAUAGCUUAGAUCUAGUCAUAACUGAGUCACUAAAUGGUGUUCAUGUAGAGAAAUGUGAGCCGGGACCAUUUAUAUCUGAUCAUUGUGUUAUUAUGGUUCCCCUAUAUGUUCAAAAAAGACUAUUGCUAGUAAGAACGUAUCACUUAGACACUUAAAAAAUCUGAACGAAUCAGAAGUUUCCAGUGACCUUAGUGUAAUAGACUUUGAAUCAAAGAAUAGAUCUCAACAAGUUUGUGAAUGAGUCUGAAUCGAAAAUUGAGGAUGUCCUGAUAAGCACACUCGCCUAAAAGAGAAAACUACAAUUCAGAGAGCACCGAAACUAUGGUUCAAUGAAAAUUUACAACAUCUUAAAUAACAAGUUAGAAAGUCUGAGCGUACAUAGAGGCGUUACGGUAAAACAUUUCUGUUUGACUCGUAUAAAGCAGUAAGAAACGGAUACAGUUUUGAAGUCAAAAGAGAAACACACUCAGUGAAAAGUUAUAUAACGGAAAAGGUGAUUCCAAGACUGUAUUAAUUAGUAUAUGAAAUAACUGGUACCAAAUCUGAAAGCCCACUGCCUUAAAGAGAGUCUAAUAAUUCAUUGGCUGAAAAAAUAAUUAACUUUUCCAACUUUUCAAAAAUAAGUCAAUCCCUGAACCUGAAGUAAGAGAUGUACAAACGUAGACAAAUUUACUGAAUUGGCCAAAAACGAAGUGAAAAGAACUCAUUAUUGAUUUGAAUACUACGUCUUCAUAGCUAGAUAUUUUGUCAACAGGUAUUCCGAAAUCACAUGUAAACGAACUUCUCCCUAGUAUCACUAAACUGGGGAUCUUUCAUUACAACAAUGUGUUUAUCCUGUGAAAUACAAACAAGCUGCUAAAAACAGAUCUUAAACUAGAACUUUCCAACUAUCGUCCUGUGAGUAACACAUCACUUCUGUCAAAACUUAUUGAGAAAGCUGUUCCUUACAGAUUAAACAAACACGUAAAUCAUAACAGUGUUUUUCCUUAUAACAAGUCUGCUUGUAGGACUGAUUACACCAAAUAGGAAGUUAAUACUCAGUGUUACAUGUGAAGUAGUCCAAAAUGUAGUUCCAUGUUGUUGAUGAAAUCUAGAAAAAUGAUUCAUAUCAGGAUCUGACAGUUAUAGUUUUGGCUUAGUUUUAUUGCAUAUUGUAUUGAGAAAAGACCUAGACCAUUUUCAUUCUGAAUUUCUAGGUAUUAGUUUUAUUCAUUGAGAAAAUGUCUACAUACGCGUAAUUGCUAAACAGCAAUUUUCAUGGGAGCAUUUUCAGAGGGUGAUGUUUUCUUUCAGAACAGAUUGUUUUUCUUGUAUGUAACAUGACAUUUUAAUAUAUUGUUUUUGUAUAUUUGAUAAGAAUAAAAUCUGUAAAAAGA